UCUCCAGGCCCUGCGAUUUCCUCCUACACGUGGACACACCAACUGCUCAAGGACAGGAAGUGGCCAAACAUCUUAGAGGACGCUUUUAAUUUUCCCAAAAUUGUAAGAAACAGAGAUGGUCAGGAGCUAUAGGAUGUAAGUGCCCCAGACACUGAUUCUGGGUGAAUGACUGUGCUAGAGAGAGGCAAGACAAAUGCAUGCAAGGAACAGUGGACAAGUUGGCAAAGGAGUGACUGUGAAGCGAGCAGAAGUCCUUUAACUGAUUGAGACGCUGGGCACUGAAAAGUUCGAAGGGGGCACCAUGAACUCCAGCCUGGCUCUGGGACUCAUGGAUGGGGAUCCUGACCACAAUGCCUCCAACGUGGAGCCACUGAUCUGUCUGAUCCGGGAGUCCGGUCUCCUCUGCCGCCCAGCUCGAAUGUCUGCCCGCAUCGCCAACAUCAUCUUGCUCAUCAUGAUUGUUACCAUGGUGUUGAACGUCCUGGGAAACAUGACCAUCAUCAUGGCUAUCUCCUACUUCAAGCAGCUGCAGGUGCUGCCCAACACCUUCACCCUUUCCCUGGCGGUGGCCGACAUCAUGGUGGGCGUAGUGGUGAUGCCCUUCUACACGACGCAGUGCGUCUACGACUGCUGGUUCUACGGCCAAACAUUCUGCAAAGUCCACCACUUCCUUGAUGCCUUCGUGUGUACCGCCUCCACCUGGCACCUCUGCUGCAUCGCCUACGAGCGAUACCUGGCCAUUUGCGACCCGAUGCACUAUAGGGAGCGCUUUACCUGGAGGACAGCAGCCCUGCUUCUUGUCACCAUAUGGCUCGGGACGGUGUUCCAAGUGGUGCCCGUGAUGCUAGGAUGGAUUGUCAUCGGCAUCGAGGACCUGAUGGCAAGCCGCAUCUGUAAGAACAACUGCAUCUUCUACAUGAACAAGACAUUAUCGAGCUGUGGUGCCUUCCUCACCUUCGUGGUGCCUGUAACUGUAAUGACCCUUGCCUACGCGAAGAUUUACCGCGUGGCACGCAAGCAGGCCCGCUCCAUCAGCAUCCAGCAGCAAGGGAGCCAGGGCAAGUCGGGCUUCAACAAGCAGCAGUGGGCAGCCAUGAAACGAGAGCACAACGCCACCAAGACUGUGUCCAUCAUUCUGGGUGUCUUCAUUUUCUGCUAUGCGCCAUUUUUUUACACCAUCGUCAAAGAUCCCUGGAUCGAUUUUAGAACAAAUUCCUUCACCUGGGACAUGGUAAACUGGUUCGGGCAUGUUAACUCAGCCAUCAACCCUUACCUAUACGGGGGCUUCAACCGCGCGUUUCGUAACGCCAUCCGCAUCAUGUUUAGCCGCAAGUUUUGGCAGCCUGGGAGCCGCUCAGCCGAGCUGUGAGGGUCCAAUGAGGUCCUAAAUUUGAUAUCUAGGUUUUAAUUUAACAUUAA